AUUUGACGGCGGCUUUUUCACUUUUGCAACUCGUUCUUGUUCGUCCUCAAUCGUUUCUUUUUUCGCAAAAAGCCAGAAAAAUUAAGAAGCUAAAGAAAAGCAUUUCACUUUCCAAAACCAAAUCAAAAAACAAGAAAACUGAAAAAGAAAAUUUCUCCCUCAAUAAUCAACCAGUUACCAAUUAAUAUUCUAAACUUAUUCACGCCGAAUAAAUAUUUCAAUCUCAAUCCAAGUGAAUGCAAAAGUAAAUGGAUUACAAUCCCAAUCCCAAUGUACAUUGAAUAUACUCCAUUUGAUCUAUUCGACGAGGCCGAGCAGCAUCUUCGGUAUCCAGCAGCAGCGGGUACGACAACUUUUGGCUUUGGUGUCUCGGUUGGUGGCAGCGGAGUUGCUGACGACAACUACGACGACGGCGAAAACGGUAUCGACGACGACGAAAUUAGCAUUGUCCAAAACGGCAACGGCUUCUUCGAACUGAAAAGCCACCGCCGUCCAACCAAACGCAAAUGCAGUGAAUUACCUCCUGCGCAAAAAUCCACAAAGAACAUCAAACGAAACUUCAUUGGCAGCAGUGGUACCCAAAACCACAGCUACAGCCACAACAGCGGCGGCGGCACCACUAGCACCAGCAGCAUCCCAAUGGGGUUUGAUUUUUUUUCAAGAAUCCGAAAACUUUUUAGUGACAGUGACGGUCCAUUUGGCAGAAAAAGGAGAGCUGACGACGGUGACUGGAAUUCGGCCGCUUCACAGUUCAAGUAUCGCCGAGUGGACAACGGAUUCCCAAAAAUUGUGAAGAAGUCUUUCGAAGAAGGAAUGGUCUGGCGACCCUAUCCUCGCGAAGAUGAAAUAAAAAUUGUACCGCAGCGUCUUCACAAGUCUCCACUGGUAAUGGCUCAACAAAAUCAAAAAGAGAAAAGAUCUCACUUUGUGCGUCCAAAAACAGUUACCAAACAUAUAACAAAUACAAAUUUUGCUGAUAUUGAAUUCUCCGAUGAUGACGAUGCUGAAUUUAUAUUCACGAAUUCACGUGGUGAGGCUUUUAACAUUGUCGCGCCGCCAUCCGCGUCGUCCAUUCGACCAGUAUUAUCGCGGGCCAAUCUAAUGCCCUCAAUGUCAUCGGCUUCGAUUAAGAUGCAGAACAUUCCAUUCAAACAGCGACAGCCACCGCCGCCUUUGAUACAAGCGAGUACAGGCAACAUUUUGGCCUCGACUUUGAUGCCCAAUUUACAGCCAAUAUGUCAACAACGAACAUACUCGUCAAUACUCUCGGCAUGUACCAAUGGCUUCGAUGAUCGCGAUAAUACCAAUGUCGCCUCAAAACGAUCAACAAAUAAAGAAACAGUCCAACAACAACACCAACACAGGACGACAUCACCCUUCUUCUUCAAUGGAACUAGCGCCACCGCAAACAUCAACAAUUUUACAUCAUUAAAAGGCGCCCGUUCGAUUAUGGCCCGAGAAAAUGUUACAAAAGACCAAGAACAAUACAGGGAGCUGUUGAAUAAGUUGAUACCUAAUUUGUAUGGCAUCCAGGGAACCUCACCAAAAUCACUAUCACUUCCCUUAAAUAAGUCACGAUUGUCAAUUAAUCGAACAAAAGAACCAGUGACUAUCGAUUGCACUACAGAGAAUUCGUCGACACCAGCGACGAGAAAUCACCAUCGAAAGGUGUCGAUUGGUGAGAAUGCUUUGACAUUUGAACUUUCCGACGAUGAAGAUGAUGAGGUUUGCGAGAUUAUUGAUUUGGCCGAGGAAGAAUUGAAUAUGUUGUCUGCUUGUUCGAAACUGCAAGACGAUCAGGCUGAAUGUCAGUAUGACGUUAAGAAGAGAGCAGCUGAGAAGAAAAAACAACUCCCAUUUGUUGAGCCAGUGAACUCACUUAAGGAGAAAUUUGAUCUUUCACCCGUUUGCCAAAAUGACUGGCUUGAGAAUUUCCAUAAAAAAUGGCAAAAGAAACACCUCGAAGGAAAACAAAAAAUUGCUGAGACUGAAAAAGAUAAGAAAAAACGUAAUUUUAGAGUGGAAGAGCUAUCAGCUGAAACCCGCGACAAGGAGAAGGAAAUGCAAGAUCGGCUCAAAGAGCUGCAAAUUGUCGAUCCUGAUCUAAUAAUUGUUGAUGAUUUCCCCGAAGGCGAGGAGGAACCAGAAUUCCCAGCGAUUACGCCAGAACAUGAGGCAAUCAUUAAAGGAGCUCUCUUUGGUGGCCCACCGGAUCAAAUGUUAAUAUCGAAAUUCAAUAUGAGCAUCACCCGCCGCGAUAUAUCAACGCUCUUUGGCAAAACCUGGCUUAACGAUGAAGUUAUCAACUUCUACAUGAAUCUCCUCACAGAGCGUGGUGAGAAUCGGAACGAAGAGGGCCUCCCCAAGGUCUAUGCAAUGAACACAUUCUUUGUGCCGAGAUUAUUGCAGUCAGGUCACAGUGGUGUCCGUCGAUGGACCAGAAAAGUCGACAUAUUCACAUACGACGUCCUUCCGGUGCCCGUGCACGUUGGUGGAAUUCAUUGGUGCAUGGCCAUUAUCCAUUUGCGGGAUCGUACCAUAAAAUACUACGAUUCUAUGGGUACGCCAAAUCCAAAAAUUCUAGCUGCCCUGGAGCAGUAUUUGCGCGAGGAAUCACUGGACAAGAGAAAGCGACCCUUUGACACGUCGGGCUUCCUGAUAGAAAGUGUCAGGGAUGUGCCGCAGCAGAAUAACGGCAGUGAUUGUGGUGUAUUCAGUUGUAUGUUUGCCGAGUUCAUAUGCCGGGAUCGGGAGAUCACGUUCUCACAGCAAAACAUGGAAUACUUUAGGCAUAAAAUGAUUUUAGAGAUAGUCCAGGGUCAGCUAAUGCAGUAAAUAAGAAAAAGAAGAAGUGUAACAAAUUCACUUGACAAAAAAGCUAAGAAAAAAAUCACACCUAAUUAAAUAUAAUCAAAUUAAAUGUUCCGUAUAAGGGGGUAAAACAUUGUACCCUCAUUUAAAUUAAAAAACAAAAGAAAAUCAUUAAAAAAGAAAAACAGAGUGGAUUUAAUUUAUAAUCAAAACAAAAAUAACAAAGAGUAUAGAUUGUUAAGUUUACCCCUGCCACAGCAUUUCUUUUUUACUUUAGUUUCUUCUUCCCCGCCAAUGCACCGCUCCCAUAUCAACACCCACUCAUCAUAAUCUCUCCUUCUCACUUCACUUCAACGAAUCAAUCUUAACCAAUGCAUCUUGUCGUAUAUUUACGUGUCCAAUGAGAGUUUUGUUCAUUUUAAGUUGCAAAUUUCUAAAAUUGUACUUUUUUUUAACCCAACUGAGAUUUAACUUUUGAAUUAUGUACGCAUAUUAUUAUAAUAAAAAAACACACAUUUAAUUUAUGAAUACAAAAUAAUAAUACAAAAAAUAUAACAAGAAAUCUUAAAAGAAAAAAUUUCAGGCCAAACACAAUUUGUAAGUUAAUUUCAUGUUCUUAUAAAAAUUAAAUAUUUUUUUUGAUAAAUUUAAGAAGAACAAAAUAUGAUGGAAAUAAACUAAUUAAAUAAAACAACAAAAUAUAUUU